AUGUCAUCCAUUGCAUCCCCACCACCACCUACGACACCUUACACUCCUUCACCUCUUACUGCAUCGACAUCCACAACAGCAUCCGACAGCCAACAUCGAUAUACUUCAUCAUCUCCAAUGCCUUCUCCCGGGGUUGGACCAAGCAGUGCGCACAGCUCUUCUAAAUGGAAGAACGUCUUCAAAAUAGGUAAAUCAGGAUCUGGUAGUGUUGGGAAAGGGAAAGAGAAUCGUCCUGCAGCUUUAUCAGGACAACAAGAUGUCGGUAUGAACAUAGCAGCAUUAGACAAAAUACAUCUUGGUGAACCGAUAUCCAUACCAAAUGCGUCAACACCGUCAACGUCAACAUCAUUAUCGUUUCCACCUCGAAUACCACAGAUUCGUUCUCACACAGAUCCAUAUCCACCUUCUCAAGCUGGACUGAUUGAAGAAGUGGAUUCAAUCAAUCAUCAAAGUGAUUCAAGUAAAGGUGUUUCGCAAGAAGGUAUCGAAGCUGGAAUAUCUACCGAGAAUCUAGAUCCACAUUUGAUAACACCUACAUCGGAUGAGCAUAAUAGACCAUUUUCAACUACGACAAAUGAUUCAGUUUAUACGGCGGAUAACUCAUCUCGAUCUUCUGGAUCUCGUCACCCUAUCACAUCAAUAUCAAUACCGAAUGGCUCUGGAAUCGGACGUGAAAUAUCAACACCAUUCGGUAAUCCAGCUUCACCCAUGAAAUCACCUGGAACAGGUUUAGGCGGCUUCAAAUCUAGAUUCUUCUCUUCCCCAAAUACUACUACCACAGCAGAUACAAACAGUCCACGUAACAAGAAUAAGUCUGAUAAAUAUAGAGGAUUAAGUAAAGAAUCUAUAUCGACACCGAACCAUUCAGGUCAGAGUGCCUCGCGUAAAAAAUCUGGAGGAUCAAGUAUAUCUUCUACUGCAAGGUCGCCAUCUUCUUCAUCACCUAGCACACCAGGACAAAAUAAACGUGAUAAUUCAGGCGCUUCUAAUACAAAUACACUGUCUGAUGGAAACGGGUCGACUCCUUCUAAAUCAUCUGCGACAGCACGCUUCUUGAGGAGGGUAGUCUCAGCUCCUAACACAAAAGCACUAUUCUCACCUACAAACCUUUUUCACGAUGCACCUGAAGUACCACCUUUACCUAACAGUACAAACAUCGAAAAGUCACAAUUGCAUCAACAACAGCAACACAAUGUUUCUCCUGUCGUAGUAGUCGGGAGCGGUGAAAUCGACCUGACUUGUUCUCCACCUCCAGAAUCAUAUGGAUCUUCAAAUCCUUUUACUACCCCAUCUACUGUUAACGGAACUGGAUCUACCCUUUCCCCAAUCGCGAUUGGGGGUAUGUCGGGUACAGGAACCAGAACGACAAGAGCUCAUACUGUCUCGGCGGCUCAACCAAAACAUAUAAGGGAACUCCAAGCUCAAUUGGGUGUUGGAAGUCCAGGUGGAAAUGGUGAAGCUCACCACAAGCAGGUCUUCAGAAGAACAUACAGUUCUAAUUCCAUCAAGACCAGAUCGGUCGAGGUUACACCUUCUUCAUUCCAGAAAAUAAAGUUGCUGGGUAAAGGAGAUGUGGGGAAAGUGUACCUAGUGCGAGAGAAAAAGACGGACAAGCUUUUUGCCAUGAAAGUAUUAUCAAAGAAGGAAAUGAUCAAGCGAAAUAAGAUCAAACGAGCAUUGGCAGAACAAGAAAUCUUGGCAACUGCGAAUCACCCUUUCAUAGUGACCUUGUUCCACUCUUUCCAAUCUCAAGAUUACCUAUUCUUUGUGCUUGACUAUUGUAUGGGAGGAGAGUUCUUCCGUGCACUCCAAACUAGACCUGGCAAAUGUCUUUCAGAAGAACACGCCAAAUUCUAUGCUGCCGAAGUCACUGCCGCGCUGGAAUACCUACAUUUGAAUGGAUAUAUCUAUCGAGAUCUGAAGCCUGAGAAUAUUCUUCUCCAUCAAUCAGGUCAUAUCAUGCUUUCGGACUUUGACUUAUCGAAACAGUCCGGAGAAGCUGGAGGAGCUCCUGCUGGUAUAAAACAUGGUGGACCCAACGGGACGAUACUGGUGGAUACUAGAUCUUGUAUAGCUGAUUUCAGAACAAACUCAUUUGUUGGAACUGAAGAAUACAUCGCUCCAGAAGUUAUCAAAGGACAUUCCCAUUCCUCCGCUGUUGAUUGGUGGACUCUAGGUAUUUUAGUCUAUGAAAUGAUCUUCGCUACUACACCUUUCAAAGGGCCUAAUCGAAAUGCUACAUUUGCAAAUGUAAUGAAGAACGAGGUGAUGUAUCCUGAUUCUCCAGCAGUGACGAGUUUCUGUAAAUCAUUCAUUCGAAAAGCACUCAUCAAGGACGAAAAUAAACGACUGGGAUCGAACUCAGGUGCUAGUGAGAUCAAAUCGCAUAAAUGGUUUGGUUCCGUCAAUUGGGGUUUACUGAGAAAUAUGACACCACCUAUCAUCCCAGCUGAAUCCAACGGUAUCGACGCGAUAAACUUUAGGACAAUGAGAGAAAGUAAAAGUGUCGAUUUCGAUAGGGAUGACGUGGAUGUCAUCCAUGCGCAAGCUGGAUCACCUUCAGUCUUCGGUAUCUCAACACCAGGUAUGCUGACACCCAAAGAGAUAACUACGAAUGCCGAAACUCCCUCAUCGAGUACGAGCAUCAGUACCAAUGGAAACGUGACUGGUAAUUCCAAAGAUAGAGAGAAGAAUCCUUUUGAAGAGUUUAGUAGUGUCACGAGACAUAUCGGAGAUUGGUAA